AUGAGCGCACGCGGUGAGGGCGCCGGGCAGCCGUCUACAUCAGCCCAGGGACAACCUGCCACCCCGGCGCCACCGAAGCGAGGACGCGGCCGACCCAGGAAGCAGCAGCAAGAGCCAACCUGUGAGCCCUCUCCUAAGAGACCCAGAGGAAGACCCAAGGGCAGCAAAAACAAGAGCCCCUCGAAAGCAGCUCAGAAGAAAGCAGAGACCAUUGGAGAAAAACGGCCAAGAGGCAGACCUAGGAAAUGGCCACAACAAGUCGUUCAGAAGCCUGCUCAGGGGGUUGUGUUUAGAAAAUGCACCAGGUGCCAUGAAUUGCAAACCUCAAGUCUGUCCCACAAUCCUCAUGGGUGA